UCGGUCCUUCGGUCCCAUCGGUGUUCGAUCUCGAGAGAAACUUCAGCCUGAUGCUCGUUUCUAACCACUUCACUGAAUGCUAUCCCAGGCCAAAUCUCCCAAACUUUGUUGAACUGACUGGUCCACACAUACAGCCAGACACUAAACCUCUUCCUCAGGAGUGGCUGGACGGAGCGACUGAUGGCGUCAUCUACUUCAGCCUGGGCACCAAUGUACUGAGUAGCACAAUGCCACCAGAAAAGCGACGGGCCUUCCUCGACGCCUUUUCCCAGCUGCCUCAGAGGGUACUCUGGAAGUGGGAGACGGACGACGCGACUGACCUGCCACCUAAUGUUAAAAUGUCCAAAUGGCUUCCACAACAAUCUGUACUAGCACAUACAAAUGUCAGAAUCUUCAUCACACAAGGAGGCCUGCAGAGCUUCAAUGAAGCCACUUAUUAUGGCGUCCCUUUAAUUGGGAUUCCAUUCAUGGGAGAUCAGCAUUACAAUGUAGCAAAAAUGGUAUCUGCUGAAAUUGGUUACAGGCUGCAAUUUCGAAGUAUCACAAAGGAUGUGGUUCUAAAAGCUAUUAGAACUAUUCUUGGUGAUCCUAAGUACCGGGAAAACAUGAAAAAGUUGUCAGCAGUGUAUCGUGAGCAUCAGGCAGAGUCACUUCCGAAAGCCAUCUGGUGGAUAGAAUACGUUCUGCGCCACAAUGGAGCUCCACAUCUUCGUAGCGCAGGAAUGGACCUAAGCUGGUACCAGCUUCUGCUGCUAGAUGUCAUUGCCUUUGUGCUGUGUGUCACUGUAAUCUGUUCUGUUACGAUGUAUUCAUUGGUAAGGUUUCUCAUUUCUGUUGUUUUUAAGGAUGCAAAACUCAAGACCCACUGAGACACGAGUGCUCAUUUUCUUAGAAAGUAUUCUGGUAGCUCUUCAGCCAGUAGCCAAUAGUGAUGGCAGUGAUGAUUUAAGUUGAUAUUUUAUAACCACCUGUUCUUAUUUUCUUGUUGUUCGUAUUGUGGUGUGUGCAUGCGAGAGAGAAAGAGAGAGUAACAGCUGG